AUGUAUAAGAGGCCCUAUAGUACUUCUGUUUUAUCUUCGGGUGAUUCAUCUUCAUCGACAAUAACAGAAAAUUCAGAUAAUGACUUUGAGUUGGGAAUAUUCUCUCAUCAUCAACAGCAACAACAAGAUAAAUUAAGCACCAUACGAAGCUCUUCCUCCCUCAGCACACCUAGUCAUCAUAAAACAACAAAUAUAUCCCCUAAGAAUGGUGAAUUUUCCUUGGAAGAUUUGGGUCUUUCAGAGGCAAUCCUAUAUAAUCGAACAGAAGCAUCAUUAACACCUUCCAAUUGUGCUCAACAGCAUAAAGUUUUGGCCACUAAGGAAGGUUCUAUGAGGAGAGCUAAUUCAAAUAAUAGCAAGGUUCGGAGAAAGAGAGUGCACGAUAUACAUACACCAACACAUGUCGACUUUGAAGAAGUUAAAUUUGAUGACCGACCUCAUACUUCACUUGCAUCCAUUCCACAACCACUCAAAACUAGAUCCUCAGCUGAUGUUUCGGUUCAGAUUCCCUCAAAUUUAUUCAUUCCUCAACAUCGUCAAUAUUCCUCAUUCAGAAACACACCAAUGAGUCUUUCACCCACUGGAGAAGAUGCCAAUCCAUGGAUAUCACCUUUACAUGUUCAUACAACAGAGCAAAGUGUUGAACUGCCAAAACUGAAAAUCUCAAAGAGUAGAAGUUCACUCAAUAUCACAGAAGCUCUAAAGUUUGAUGAAGCACCUUCAUUAGAUACCACAGAAGGUACACCAAGAUUGGAACCUCUCUCAAUGAGUACAAGAUCGAGUAGAGCAAAUAUUGAUUUUGUCAUUGAUAUUUCGACAGAAGAGGUAAGGAGAGAUGUUUUGCCUUCUCCAGUUGUAAAUCAAAACAUGAGAGAGAAAUUCUCCUCUGAAAGAACUAAAACUGACAACUUUUACAAUGAUGUACAUGUGAGUAAGAAGGAAAAGGUUGAUCAUAAUUCCAUAUUUUUCUACAGUUUAAAGAAGGUGCUUUCAAAGACAUGUUCUCUAGUUUUGAAACCAACAGAGUGCAUUGAAUUUGUUGAGUGUAAGGGAUUGGGAAGCGUUUACCUGGUUCCAGAGAGUGAGAAACCAAAGAGAGCUUCACCUGUUUCAGAAAAGAAGAAAUCAAAGAAGGUCAAUCUUCCUCUCUUGGACGAUUUGAGUGAUGAUGAGAUUGGUAGAUUUUUAAUGGAAAGCGAUGAGGAAGAAGAUGCAUCCAAUUACAAGGCACUUGUUUUGUAUGAUUCAUGGGAAGGUAUUGAUCUUUGUACAAAGAGUUUAACUGAGGAAGUUGAUGAUAGAGUUACAAUUUUUGGAAAUGAGAAUGAGAUUAAUGAAUAUCACAUCAUCAUAAGAGGUGAUGUUAAGGUUUAUUACAGAAAUAGAUAUGAUUUGGCAGUUAAAAAUAAAUAA